AUGUCUUGUACUUUUGUACUUGCACAUUUAGGGAAGCAGGUGUUUAUAAUGGGUCCAAAAGAGAAAUCAGCCACAGUGAUCAACGCCACGUUUGUCCGUCCUGCAGCCUUUUAUCUUAGUGGAUUGUCCAACAUCUCUAAUGCAAACUAUUUCUAUGUUUUUCUGUGCUUUAUUUACAUCUUGACUGUCCUCGGGAACUGUUUUUUAAUAUUAGUAAUUUACCUGGAGAAGACUCUUCACACUCCUAAAUACAUGAUUGUGUUCAGCCUGGCUUUAACAGAUCUGUGUGGCAGCACUGCUCUCAUCCCUAAAGUCCUGGACACAUUCUUGUUUGACAGGAGGUACAUUGUCUAUGAGGCUUGUUUGAGUUACUUGUUCUUUGUGUGGUUCUUUGCAUUUAUACAGUCAUGGACACUUGUCACUAUGGCCUAUGACAGGUUUGUAGCCAUUUGCUUUCCGUUAAGGUACCACAGUAUUGUGACUAAACCAGCUGUUGCUUUGCUUCUCCUCUGUGUUUGGGUUUUUUCACUGAGUCUCUUAGCGGCUGCUGUUUGUUUCCUUGAUCGUCUGUCCUUCUGUGGGUCCAUAGUGGUAGCGAGCUAUUUUUGUGACCAUGGACCAGUUUAUCAUCUGGCCUGUAAUGACACAACUAUAAACGCCAUCUUUGCAAAAAUUGUCAUAACCGUAAUCAUGUUCGUCCCUCCAUUGUUAAUAGCACUUACCUACAUGUGCAUUGCUGUCGCUCUGAGUAGGAUCGUGUCAGGAGUGGAACGACUCAAAGCUCUGAAAACUUGUACUUCUCACCUGAUACUUGUUGCUAUAUUUUUCCUACCUCUUUUGGCCACAAACAUAGCUGCACUGACAUCCUACCUUCACCCCAACACCAGGAUCAUCAACUCCACUUUGACACACACUGUACCAGCUCUGCUCAACCCCAUCAUCUACUCUUUAAAGACUGAAGAAGUGAUGAAGUCUAUUAAGAAACUGAACAAAUACAAUCGGUUUAGGAAUGUAAUCUCAGUUCUAUCUCACAAAUGAGUUCUUAUGACUCCUGCAGGUAAAAUGUGUGUGUGUAUAUUUGAGUUACUGUACUUGUUAAGUGCUACAGUAUUACUUUUUACUUGUGUAGUCACUCUGUUAUGCUGGUACAGUUGACAUUUAUUCAUUCACAUUGUAAAUUCAGUUAGAUUUAGAGAAAAUCCAUUUGUCUAUGCUGUUUAUUUUUAAAUGUCCACCCAUAAAGAUGAAUGUAGUAAAUUCAAAAAUAAAUGUUACACACAUCUGCAUAAUUUUUUUCCAACUUUCAUUCAUAAGUAAUUCAUAGUGUGUAUAUUGUGCCCGUGCUUUAGGCAUAUUGCAGUGGUGUGCAUUGUUUUAGAGAUGUCAGCUCCUGAUCUGAAUCCCGACACUACAAUGCUAAAUGUGUGUGGUUCUGUUCCACUAGCACCAUAGCACUAACUCACAACAAAAAUAAUCUCUAGGCACUUUACAGUGUUAGUGGCAAGACAAAUAUACUGUACAACAGUUCUAUAGAAAAC